UAAGCUGGGUGUGCCUGUGAGGAAUUCAAAGCAAAGAGCAUUUCUGUGUGAUCAGAGCUGUGCUCCUCUGUCAUGCUCAGUUUACCCAGCGCCUCUGCCUUUCACACUCACACACGCUGACGUGAAACGCCGGGAAAAGUUUACGACGUCUGCUCAGCCAGAGUGGGCGGGAUGAUUGGGACCAUCUGCGAAUGGUUCUGGUGGGACCACCUCUGGCUGCCCGUCAACCUGACGUGGGCAGAUCUAGAAGACAAGGAUGGACGGGUUUACGCCAAAGUGUCUGACUUAUACUUAACCUUGCCCUACUCUGUAGGUUUCCUCAUAGUCCGGUACAUCUUUGAAAGGUUUGUAGCCAUGCCGUUUGCAAGUGCCCUCGGUGUGACAGAAAAGAACAGACAGAAAGUGCAGCACAACCCUAUUCUGGAGCAUUAUUUCACUUCCUGCUCCAAAACCCCAGGGCAGGCAGAUAUUCAGGGCCUGUCAAAAAAAUGUAGCAUCUCCAGCAGACAGGUGGAGCGCUGGUUCCGAAGGAGACGCAAUCAGGAACGUCCAGGGGUCCUCAAGAAAUUCAGAGAGGCCAGCUGGAGAUUUGUAUUUUACCUCGGAGCCUUUAUUGGUGGUGUUGUAGCUCUGUAUGAUAAACCAUGGUUUUACAAUUUACGAGAGGUGUGGAAUGCUUAUCCGAAACAGUCCUUGUUGGAGUCUCAGUACUGGUACUACAUCCUGGAGAUGAGCUUUUACUGGUCUCUGCUUUUCAGCAUUACGUUCGAUGUGAAACGAAAAGACUUCAAGGAGCAGAUAAUUCACCACUUAGCCACAUUGACACUGCUGGCAUUUUCCUGGUGUGGAAACUAUAUUCGAGUAGGAACUUUGGUCAUGCUUGUGCAUGAUAGCUCUGAUGUGUUUUUAGAGUCUGCCAAGAUUUGUAACUAUGCUAAAUGGGAGAAAACCUGCAAUGGCAUUUUCGUUCUGUUUGCCGUUAUGUUCAUGUUAACGAGACUCGUUAUCUUUCCAUUCUGGAUCAUCCACUGCACAUGGGUCUACCCACCUGACUACUACCCAGUUUUCUUUGGGUAUUACUUCUUUAAUGCUAUACUUGUCAUCCUACUGAUGCUACACAUAUUCUGGGCUUACCUGAUCCUCCGCAUGGUGAAGAAAUUUCUCUUUGGAAGUUUAACCAAAGAUGAGAGAAGUGACAAUGAAGAAGAGGAAGAUGAAGGGGAGAACAGCAUGCCUGAGGACCAUGAUGGACACCCAAAAGUCACCAAUGGCUGUGGAGCCAACCAUCACUAACAAACCAGAUGCUUUUGCAGUUUCUCUUGUUGCUCAUGACUGAAGGAUCCUAAUGAAGUUUUUCAUUUUUAUUUUUUUCAAAAGAAGACCUAGACUCCCAUGGUGUUCAGCCACCUUAACUGGAUUCAGACUAUGAGAGAAACUUUUGAGCUAUUACCACCAUGAAAGUACCAGAGACCUGACCAAAAACACACUUGUAUUUGUCAACAAUAUAAACCAAACAAGUGCUCGUUUCCUGAGUGCCAAUAGAAUCUGCUUGCCUUGGCUUCUCUGCUGUGGCCACACUCUCUACAUGAACCACAAAGUAAGCAAGAAGAAAAAAAAUUCCAUUGUGCAUAAGCUGAUCCUCAUUGUUCACUGGAACACAAUACUACAGAAUGACCUGGAUGCAGCUGAGGCUUGUCUGCUGUUUCUCAUCAGUGAGAUGAAAUCACACUACUGGUUUUUAACUUGCAUGAAAACACUAUAGAAAGAAAAAAGAAAUCUCUUAAUCCCAUGAUGUGAGUUCCAGAUCUUGUAUUGAAAAGUUGCAUUGUAGAAAAGGCAUUACACUGAAUGUAGAACUCCAGCCAAGACAAGUUUGCUUGUUCAGCUUCAUGGAGGACAAACAACUCUAAUGUUGCUAACAAGCAAGGAAAUGAAUUUAUACCUAGCCUAACAUGUUCAAAUGCAAUGUGUAAAUCAUCACCUUCUUGUCUGCUUGUGGCUCUGUCUUUGUUUGAAGUCUUAUUUAAUGUAUUGUUGAGAAGUGAGA